AGCCCAGUUGCAAUAAGCGCACACAGGCGAAAAAUCCAAUGAGUGAAUCUCAGCGAGUUUUACUCACUGACUGGAUUGUGUUUAAGGACUGACUGAUUCCACUUGACAGCGAGCAACUACUUGGACAUUUUUUUGUUGUUGUAAUUACGCUAAAACCAAAAAGAAUCGCGACAAAAAAAUAAAAACAAGACGCAACGAUGACAGCCGAGUUUAUUUCACCUCGGAGUCACUGAGAUCCGCAUCCUCCCGCGUUUGCAUCCGACCGCUGACCCCCCCCUGGAAAAGAUGCAAAGGAGAUACAGGAUGAAUUCGGCUUUCAUGGCAGUGUUACUCGGAGUGGUUGGGGCUCUGGCCAAUAAGGAGAAGUGUCUGUCGGGCCAGUAUACGACCAGUGGAGAAUGCUGCAAGCAGUGUCAGCCCGGCGAGGGUGUCGUCAAACCAUGUGGAGCCACACAGACAGUCUGCUCUCCGUGCCUUGACAGCGAAACCUUCUCAGAAACCUUCAGCCACACAGAGAAAUGUCAGCCGUGCACCCAGUGUACAGGUCUGUACCGCAUGGACACGCCCUGCACCGACUCCAACGACGCCGUCUGCGUGUGCAAAUAUGGCUACUACCUGAAUGAAAUAUCUCAGCUGUGUGAACCCUGCACCAAAUGCCCUGAAGGCCAGGGAAUGCUGCUGAGCUGCGAGCUCGACCACGACACGGUGUGUGAGGAGUGCACCUCGGACACCUACUCGGACCAGGAGAGUUCCCGAGAUCCCUGCAUCCCCUGCACCACCUGCGAUGACGAGGAGGUGUUGCAGGCCUGCACCCCUGUCAGUGAUACAGUUUGUCAAGUCCAGUACUCCUCAAUGUUUCCCACAAUUAUUGGAUCCUCCACGACCACUGAUGUAGUCCCCACCGAGGACCCUGCAGACAGCACCACCACGACUAAAAACACUGACUCCCAGGAGCGGCUCUACCAGGGUCUGAACGAUAAACUCAUCCCCAUCUACUGCUCCAUCUUGGCAGCCGUCGUCGUCGGUCUUGUGGCCUUCAUCAUCUUUAAGAGGUGGAACAGCUGUAAGCAGAACAAGCAAGGAGCCAACAACUGCACAGCCAACCAGAACCAGACACCAUCACCUGAGGGGGAGAAGCUGCACAGCGACAGCGGCAUUUCUGUGGACAGCCAGAGUCUGCAGGAGCAGCAGGGCCAGACUCAGGCGCAAACAGUUGUCACCAUGGAUGAAGAGCCUUGCUUGCUGCUUCCUCUCCACACUAGAGAGAAAGUAGAGAAGCUGCUGUUCAGAGGCAGCGAGGGAGAAAACUGCAACCACAUGCACGACAGCGACUGGUGCAACCUGGCAGGUCUCCUCGGGUACGAGGAGGAGCGCAUCGCCACCUUCCGGCAGGAGGAGCAUCCUGUUCGUGCGCUCCUGUCCGACUGGGCGAGCAAGGACUGCGCCAGCAUCGACACACUGUGCACGGCGCUGCGCAAGAUCAACCGUGACGACAUCGCGCAGAGUCUGGUGCUCAGCCCGAGUGCCGCGAAGCCGACCGCCACCUCUGUGGUGUGAUUUUGAACUGUGAGCAAAACUUUAACACCUGAACCUUAAACUUUACAAUAUUCUAGAAUCGCUUGAAACUAUUCCCCCAUGAAGCCACCGAUGACGAAAUCCGACAAACCACGUUCAAUCAGGGGAGAAGGCAAGAAAUCAGACACUGAAAGAAUAUCAAUAUACAUAAUCAAAACAACGCGAGGUAAACCAGAACCCUUUACCGAACCGUCAGGAUGUCCUUGCCUCCGUUUAUUCUCACAUUUUAAAAUCCACACAAAGAAGCAAACAUCACGAUAAUCAUUCCAUUUGGAGCUGGGAUAUCUACCUGCCUUUCCACACUAUUUGACAGUCAGCUGAUCUAAUUAACAGCGGAGCAGCAGUGGGCUGACGUUAUCGUAGAUACCUGGCUCCCUCUUUCAUUCCUCCAACUUCAUCCUCUGCAUCUAUAUCAUCAACAUCUCUAAACAUUCAUAGCCAGUGUGGCCCUUACUAACAGCCUUCUUAAGCCUGUGUUGUACUUCUAAAUGUUUAAAACGCUACCAAAGAGGAAUGUUUUCAGACCAUACCUGAGAUUACUUACAUGCCACGUUAGACUGUCUGAAUUCAAGAUAACAAACGGCUCGCGUCUGUCGCUGCUGCUGGAUGACGCCUGCAUACAUCAGACUGUCUCUACAACUAUGGCAACCUGAGGAAGGAUGCUUGGACACAUUUCAAAUGUAACAAAGGCCACGUCCAGCUAUUUACUCUUACUUUAAAUAUUUGUAUUAGAUUUAAGACGUGGAGCAGCAGCGCACGUGGACUUUAUCUCAACUUCAGCUUCGUCUUAAGUGAUUCCUGCAAAUGCUUCCUUUUUUCCAACAAGUGCUAUAAGAACUGCUGGCUGGACUUUGCCAACUAGGUGGUCUGUGGGGCAGCGAGGCAACAUGACUCCAGUCUAUGUGCUCGGGCCUAUCUGCAUAACACAGAAGCUCGCACACAGACUCCUUCAUACUGACCCAGAAAAGGGAAGGAACGUGGAACUUAAGUUACCCAGUGACAACCAUGUAUACUAUAUGUACAUAGUGAGACAAGUGCACACACCAAAUACAGACAUACAUAUAAAUACACACCUACAGUAUGUAGCCAUGCAUGCAUGUACUGUACUAUCCAAACACAGACACACACACACACACACACACGUAUGCAUUUACAUUCUUAUUCAUUGUAGAGGACACAGAAAACUUCACAUCCUGCCAUGUAUGGUACGGAGCACUCUCAUGAGGGGACCAUAUACUGUUUAUUGUCCAUAUUAGUCGCCAAUAUAACGUUACUCUGUGUCUACUUAUGUCUAAAACCAUAUGAUUUGAAAUGUGUGCUGUAGACGGUGAAUUGCUAUCUUGACAGUAAACAGCAUGCAGAAUCUAGCAACUCAUUGUCAGCCAGUGCACAGAAUUUUAAGUUUAAAAAAAACAAAAAAACCCACAAACUGUAGCAAACGAUCAGGAUGCAAACAACUAUCCAGGGUUUUAAAUCUUUUUUGCUUGAUUUCUCAGGGCCUCUCGAAUGAUCGUGUCAAUACACAAAUAUUACACCUAAUAUUGCACCAUCUAUGAUUAACCGAACAAUCUGUAAUUGUUCAAAAGCCACUGUGUUUUUCCAAAGCAGCGACUCUUGCGACUGACAAUCCUUCAAACAGAUGAAUAAGAGAGAGAAACGGGCCACAGAAAAGAAAGGUGGUGUCUUGUUUCUUCUUUGUUUGGAACAAUGACCUCUGAAUAAAAGGCCAGUCAGUGGAGACAUAAGUCCGAAAGGAUGUGAGAUGAAUUCAGACAAGGGAGCCGGAAGAGUUUUGGAUUACUUCAAUGUAAAGGUAAAACCCAGGAAUCUGCAUUUACAUUAAUCAGCUUGUUUAAGUGUAAGCAUGUGUUCCUCUCCUCAUGGCAGACUGUGCUUUCUACAUCGUGCUGUGUUGCACCUACUUGGUUUAUCAAAGCAUCUUCAGCAGUGUUAGCGUUGACACCAUUAUGCUGACAACUAAGGACCUACAGGUUCUACACUUUUUGUUUUUCUUCACUGUUAAUGGAAACAUAUUGAAGGAUGAAGUAGUUUUCUAUGUUAAACUUGAUCUAUAUCACCAACUCCAGCUGUUACUCUUGAGUACAGGUUGCCACUAACCACUAGCAAACUGAGCUUCAUGCUGUAGUGUUACUUUAAAUGAAGGUAUUCUUACUACUCUAUAAGGGUUGUUUGUAUUUUAAUUCCCAAAUAACAACUGUAAAUGGUAUUUUUUUCUGUUUUUGUCUUACAUUGGAGCACUUAAAUGUGUAAUUAUGUGUCUUUUUUGCAUCACAAGUGCCUGGGAACUAUUUCAGGUGUCUGCUGAUGUUGUACAUUGUUUGUUUUUAGCUGUUUUGUAAGAAUAUCUUUUUUUUUAUUUCCUGUUAACUUGUAAAUAAUUUGUCUUUUUUUUAUUUUUUAGAUUUUAUUUUAGUUAAAGCCUUGAAGGCGCCACUGUACAGUAUCUACGUAAACAGGCCUUUGUUACACUCUCAGUACUGUCAAGGAAAGAAGGGCAAAGGGAAGAGCGUUCACCAUCAGGUGUUUUUAGAUAAUGGGUCAUUAACAAAACUCAAUUUAAGAUAGCUUUAAGAUUAAUCAGAUAUGGAAAAACUCUAAGUUUGUAUUUAAAAAGCACCAUGUGAGUAGAAAUCAAAUUCAGUCAGAAACAUUACACUUUGAUUUCAGUGCGUAUAUUUUAAGUCAACCUCUUUCACAUAGUUUGACAUUUUGGGAAACACAUUUAUUUGCUUUCUAGCUGAGGGUUACGUUCAAAGAGCAAUGCUGCUGUCAUUUCUAUCUAAUAAAUGAAGCUGUAACUAAGUCUGGAAACAGUUAGCCCCUGAAAAAUGUAUAAAAAUGACCAGUUGUGGUCGAGGGCUACAAGGACGACGGGCCCUUUCAGACAGAAUGCGCUCUGAAACCUGUCAUUUUCAAUAGUUUGCACUACACAACCACGGUUUGUUGCUGCGCUGAGCAGCUAAAAGCUUAGACAGGUCAACUUUGGCUGCAAAUAUUUGUCACACUGACAAAUGCUAAAGCAACCAGCAGAACCAAGACCUCCAGCCGGGCGUGGAAGGCAAAAUGUAGGAAAAGCUGAUGUAUGCCUGAAUUCCCCCGAUUAUACCACACAAGUCUACAUUUGUAAUGAGACCUCAGGAAACAGGUUUCUGUCCAAGUAGGCUUAUCAGGUGUGUUUUAAUCCCAUUAUGUACAGUCAAUGGUUUUAAUAGUCAGCUUGGUUUAUGUGUUCCCUCUGAAAGCUUUACAGACCCAUUAAAGCUUCUUAAUUGGGGUAAUGAGGUUUAAUUUCCAUUCAGAAUAAUUUAUUGAUUUAGUUACGUGGUCUUGGAAGAAGUUUUGAAAACUCCACCUAUUUUGCAGUGUGCUCAACAUAGUGACGGCCACAAACCGUGCUGUGUCUAAACGGGCCUUAUUUCCACCAUUACCUUCAGAUAGAGCCCAGCUAGCUGCUUCCUCUUCUCUAUUUUAACGUAAACUAAGUGGCUGCUGGCAUGAUACGACAGGAUCCUCAAUUGUCUUUUCUUCAAAUAAGCGUAUUUCCCAAAAUAUCGGACUGAAACACCCCAAUAAAUUUCUACAUUUGAGUAUCAUUUUCAGCAGAUGACAGUCCUAUCAGUCACUCUUCAUACAGACGGUAUCACGUGUCUGUAGCAUGCAACACAUUUCAACAUACUUCUUUAACAAACAUGUUGCAGGUUGCCUUGUAGGUUAAAAGAUCCACCUUCUUGUGAAUGUCCAAAAAAUUUGCACCAGCAUGAUUUUAAGUUGCUUAUCUGCUAGUUGAAGCUCUGUGCCUUGGACCUGAUGAGCUUUUGUGACCGAUAACAGAACGAACAAUCACAUAAAAUCAUGUUACUCUGUGUUACCGGACGCUUGACACACUGCAGGGCUUCUUCUCCACUUUGGUUUUAUGAUGCCCCAGAUGAUUAUUUUGGUUAAUGGUUGUGUUCAAUAAUCUCCAUCACUGCAGAAUGACCUUCCCUGAAAGCCCUCAGUUCAUUGCACCAUGGGACAGUAAACGCGAUCUCUUUAGGGUCUGUCCUCCUGUCAGAAACUGCAGCUCAACACGGAGGCUUUUCUUCGGACAGUAUUUCUUUAGUCUUAGAGAUUUAAUUGAGUAACAGACAUCGAUUUGCUUGUACAAUGAACCGAUUUGAAGGUGAACGUGUCGUGAUAUUGCACUUGGGAGACAAAAUACAAAGUAAUCCUGCAAAUUGGGGUUGGGCUCAGGGGUGGGAGGUAAAAGACUGUCUUCAGAGGGUGUGGUUUUAGGAAAAGCCCUGGUGAUGUAGCUCACAGUGGCACGAAUGACAGUGCACCAGGACUGAAGUGUACAGAUGUGAGAAACACUGAAUGUUCCUUGUAUACUAAUACAUAUACUGUUCUAUACUUAAUGUGAAUUUGCUAAAUUCCUACAGCAGACAAGCAGUAAAAUGAAUAAUAAAGCUCUUGAAUCCAA